GGGGGCUUCCUGACGUCCUGUGAGGCUGAGCUGCAGGAGCUGAUGAAGCAAAUCGACCUCAUGGUGGCUCACAAGAAGGCUGAGUGGGAAGGCCAGGCCCAGGCUCUGGAAGCUUGCCUCAGUGCCCGGGAGCAGGAGCUGGCCUCUGCCAGGGCUGCCCUGCAGGCGGCACAGAAGGAGGCUGCCAGCUUGCACCAGCAGCUCCAGGACGUGGAGAGAGGGAAGCAGGACAUGGCCAGGGAGUACCAGCAGCAGCUGGGGAGGCUCCAGGAGGAGUUGUCCAGGCUGAGGAGGAGCUAUGAGAAGCUGCAGAAGAAGCACCUGAGAGAAGCUAGAGGAGAAGGCAGCAAGAGCCAAGGGGAGGAGCAGCUGGAAGUGAGGCACCUGAGCAGGAAGCUGGAGGAGUUCCGCCAGAGGGCCCUGGGCUGGGAGCAGCAGCGCCGGCUCUACCAGCAGCAGCUGGCGUCCCUGGAGGCGCAGAGGAAGGCCCUGGCCGAGCAGUCUGAGCUCAUUCAGCAGACCCAGGUGGCCAGUGGGAAGCAGGCUCUGGAGUCGGUGGAGCUGGCCAGCUGCUCACACAUCCAGCACCUCACCGGCAGGCUGGAGAGGGCCAACGAUGCCAUCUGUGCCAACCAGCUGGAGGUGGAGAGGCUGAACAUCAGAGUGGAUGACCUGACUGAGAGCAAUCAGAUGGCCCUAGAGGAUCAGCAGAGAGUUCAAGAGGAAUUAAGGCAAUCCAAGAAAAUGUUAGAGGUGCUGGAGGAGGAGAAGAUGGAACUCAGAGCCACCCUGCAGUCUCAAGAAGACUUUAUUGAGAGCUCCAAGCUGCACCAGGAGCAGCUGCAGAAGGAGCUGGCCAGGGUGACUGAAACUCUUCACACCAAAGAGCUCCUCAUCAGGGCCUUGGAGGAGCGCCUGCAGGAGCAGCUGUCCAAGGCAGGGAUGCAGAGGGUGCUGGAGCAGCUGGCUGCUGCCCAGGAGAAGGAGCAGCACCUGCAGUCAGAGCUGAUGCAUCUGGAGAACAGCCUGCUGUCUUCCACUGCAAGGUGUGCAGAGCUGAGUGAGGAGCUGGAUGGCAGCACCCAGGAGCUGCAGGCCCUGCAGGAGCACCGUGCCCAGGCGAAGGCAGAGCUUAGAAAGCUGAAGGAGCAGCUCUCUCGAGCAGAACAGAUCCACAAGAGUGAGCUGGAAGGGAUGAAGAGGGAAAUCUGCAGGCUGACAGAGGAGCUGCACCGGCGAGACGUCAGCGUCGGCGCGGCCGGCGGCUGCAGGCCAGCCCGCGAGCAGCCGAGAGCGGAGCGAGCAGAGAGGAGAGCAGCGGAGCACAGGGGGAGAGAAGUCACCCUCAGAGCACCCAGUGGAGACUCUGCUGCCGAGCUGAAUCGACUGAAGUCUGAGAACCAGCAGCUGCAGAAGGAGCUGGCAGAGGCCAGGGCAAAACUGGAACUCACUCAGCAGGCCUGCCAGGAUGAAGCCCAGGGCCCUGCUCAGCAGAUGCAGGAUGAGGCCAGGGAUGGGCAGUGCAGGACAACUCAGGACCCCCAGCACGAACAGGAGCAGCAAGCAGAGAGAGCACAUCACAAGCCUGAGGAGAAUGGUCAGCACCAGCACGGGGGGGCCCAGGAGUGGGAGGCUGCUGGGAUGAGAAGUGUGAGCCCUGAGGUGGGUGAGCUCCAGUCCCAGAGCAGCAGGAGGGACUGCAGAGAGCCACUUGCCGUGGGCACCUUGCUGGGAACGGAUUCUGUGCUCCAUGUGCUGGAGGGGAAGAAAGAUUCUGCAGAGGAAGCAGCUGUGCAGCCCGGCUCACAGCAUCAGAGAGCAUCUGUGCCCCUGAGCCCCCUGCCUAGAGCUUCCCUGGGAGCAAUAGCUGCCAGGUACCUGGAGGAGGAGGAGCUGAGAUCCCAGAGCAUCACCCAGUGCCUGGAGAGUCACAUUGAGGAGCUGAAGAAAGCCAGCGAGGAGAUCGUGAGGCAGUUCAGACAGCAGUGA